AUGGACAAUAUGAUAACUAAUGCCCUUGGGUUUAAUACGCCGAUUUAUGUGCCAAAUGAUGUCGACGACCCUGCUGAUGAUGAAUAUGACGCUGAUGUUAACGUCGAGAGACCAAAUGAGGAAGCCCAGCGAUUUUUUGAUCUUUUGAAAGAGACAAAUACACCGUUGUGUGAAGGCUCCCGAGACUCAAAGUUAACGGUGUGUAUUAGACUUUUGGGUAUCAAGUCUGAAUGUCUUGUUUCAGAAUACACCAUGGACUUGAUAACAAAACUGAUGUUGGAUAUAACAAUAGACCGUCCUCUUGAUUUGCCAAAAAAUUAUUACGAAGCAAGACAAUUGGUUGCAAAGUUAGGACUCGGAGCGAAGAUAAUUGACUGUUGUGUUAACGGGUGUAUGUUGUACUAUAGCAACGAAUUUGGUGUAGAUGACGGUGCAUUACUUGAAUGUAAAUUUUGUCAAGAACCAAGAUAUCGUGUAACAAGAAAUUCACGGUCAGUCAGAAGGAAGCCAAUCCCAAGAAAGGCGAUGUUCUAUUUACCCAUAAUACCAAGGUUGCAAAGGUUGUAUGCAUCGAUGCAAACUGCCAGUAAAAUGACAUGGCAUCGUGAAAACUAUGAAAGGAGAAAAAUGUCAGAUGGAUUUACACCAUAUACUCAAGUAUCAGCCACUCCAUAUUCAUGUUGGCCUGUUCUGGUUACCCCGUACAAUCUUCCUCCUGAUAUGUGCAUGUCAAAACCUUACAUGUUUUUAGCCGCUGUAAUACCAGGCCCAUCUAGUCCAACUGUUGGUAUUGAUAUCUAUUUACAACCUUUGAUUGAUGAUUUGAAGAGAUUGUGGAACGGUGUUGCGACGUAUGAUAUCAACCAAAAACGAAAUUUCAAUAUGAGAGGAGCUUUGAUGUGGACCAUUAAUGAUUUUCCUGCAUAUGGGAUGUUGUCUGGAUGGGGGACACAUGGUAAACUAGGAUGUCCUAUUUGCAUGAUGGACACCAAAGCGUUUUGGUUAGAAAACGGUGGGAAGGCUACUUGGUUUGACUGUCAUCGUCGGUUCUUGCCUACUGAUCAUCCGUUUAGAAGAAAUAAAAAUGGUUUUGUUCAUGGUGACACCGAGACUCGUGAUCCACCAGAUUAUUUGACAUCCCGACAAGUCUGGAACAAAGUGAAAGAUAUUCCAAAGGUUGAGGUUGUAGGUGGUGUUGCAUCUAAACCGCGUGGUUAUGGACAAACACACAACUGGACAAAAAGAAGAAAAACGAAAGAUAAUGACAACGCGAGGAGAGACAUAGGGUUGUAUUGCAAACGUAACGAACUGUUGUUGGUGGAGACAUCUAACGGCAAACUUCUUAAACCUCGUGCAAACUAUACUUUAUCUCCUGAAGAAGCAAAAUCUGUUUGUCGAUGGGUAAAAGAAGUGAAGAUGCCGGACGGUUAUUCGUCGAAUUUGGCGAGAUGCGCUGAUGUUGACCAUGGAAGGAUGCGUGGGAUGAAAAGUCAUGAUUGUCAUGUUUUUUUCCAGACUUUACUUCCGAUUGCAUUUAGUUCUUUACCCCAACAUGUAUUGAAUCCGCUUAUUGAAAUCAGUCAAUUUUUCAAGAAUCUGUGUUCGACAACGCUAAGAGAGGCUGAUCUCAUCAAGAUGGAAAAUGACAUUCCACUGAUCUUGUGUAAGUUGGAGAGAAUAUUUCCUCCUGCCUUGUUUGAUUCUAUGGAGCAUGUUGUGGUGCAUCUUGCAUACGAGGCUAGGCUUGGUGGGCCGGUUCAAUAUAGAUGGAUGUACCCGUUCGAAAGGUUCAUGGGUUAUGCAAAACGUGCCGUGAAAAACAAAGCUAGGGUCGAAGGCUCAAUUUGUGCAACAUACUUACACCGCGAAACAAUUUACUUUUGUUCGCAUUACUUCAAAGACACGUUGUCAUCAAGCCAUAUUCGCAAUGAAACUGAAACAUCUCGGCCUGUGAGAAUUCACCCAUUAAACAUGUCAAUAUUCAGCUUGCCUGGUCGUAAUGGUGGUGGUGAGAAAGUGUUGUAUCCUGGUGACAAAGUUCUCUAUUCGGCGCAUGUUCACUUGCUGAUUAAUUGCAAUGAAUUCGAGCCAUAUUUACAGUGA